CCUUACCUUUUGGAGUGGGCCGGAGACCCGAGAAUCCGAGGACAAUUCAAAAUUUUACUACUAAUAAAAACCCCGCCCGUCUCCACAUUCAAAUUGAAAUGGUAACAUAAAAAAUUCACCAUUUUUCUCUUUCAGACAAAUCUUCACAGAGAUCGGAAUUUGACCGGAAAAUGGAACCAAAGAAACCGUCACAAACUUCAUGCUCGUCACCCUUCCAGAACCUUCCACUUUCUUCAUCAUCUUCUGCUUCUCUUCUCAAAGACAUCUCCAAUUUCAAAACUCCGAAGCAUUCACGGAAAGCGAAUUUCAUUUCUUCUUCUCCUUCUCCGUACCGACAGCCAGAGUUCUUCACUGCCUUGAAAACCACACCAGUAUCCUCCGUCCGUCGCCGUGGAAGCAUAAAGCCAUCGGCUGUGAAGUCGAGUGCUGCUCGAAGAUUAAAGGCAUUCGAGCUCGAGCAGUCGAAAUCAGCACGGAAGGCGUUGAAUGACAAAGAGAGAUCGUUGAAAUCACUAGCGAAGUCGCUAACUGUGUGGCUCAAUUUCUUGUUUGAAAAUCCUAGCUCUUGUGGCUGUGACGUGACGAAGUUUACUGGAGGAUUUGAGAGGUCCAAUAGGACGUGUAUUGCGGAAAAUGGGAAGAGGGAGAGUGGGCCAGGGUACACUGUUGGAGUUGAUGUGCUAUGGAGAGGGCCGAAGAGACAGAGACAUUUGUUAUCGAAUUCUGAAGAUGAAGAGACAACAGUUAUUUCGGAUUCCAUGUUUUCUGGACUUAAAGAUUUGUUGAUGGAGAUUUGCAGUUUUGAUGAUUUAAAGGAGAGAAUGAGUGCUUACCUGAGCUUAGGAAGCUGUAAAGAGGUCUUUGUUACAAUGACUCAACUAACAAAGACCAUUGAUGAAGGACGGCUGAAAAUGAGAGCUCACUGUCCCAUGGUAACUGAUGUUGGAAUGAAGGAGAAAGCCUUGAGAAUCCUGAUGUGCUAUAACCCCACUUGGCUUCGGAUUGGAUUGCACAUACUCUUGGGGGGUGACACCUUAUUACCGAACGGAGAUGUCAAUUCUGAGCAAGAAAUUGCUUUCUUGAAGAUGGUGCUUGAGAGACAAUUUUUCUCACAUGUUGGUCUAGCAAAGACCUAUGCUUAUAACAAGUUAGUGGAGGGUUUAUAUAGACCUGGUUACUAUGAAAAGUUAGGUAACAUAGUUCUGAAGAGAUUUUUGCUGCUUGUUCUCAUACUAGAUAGAGUCAAAACUCAGAGUAGUCUGCCACUUAAAUAUGGUAUUGAUGGACUAGAUGGAGGAUCUCCUUUACUUUUCUCUUUGCAAUCAGAUGUUAAAUCUAGCCGUCAACUGAUCAACAAAUUCUUGCCAUCGGAUGUGAUGCAUGGUGAAGGUAAUCUACUUGCGCAUCUUGUCAUCGUAGGCUAUAAAGUGACAUAUCAACAGAAUCCGUUGCUUGAGUAUCAAUUUGAUGUGGCUGAUUUAUUUGAGGACCUUCAAGAUGGCAUUCAACUUUGCAGAGUCAUUCAGCUCUUGCGACAUGAUCCUUCUAUCCUCUCGAAAAUGGUAGUCCCCUCAGAUACUCGCAAGAAGAGUUUGGCGAACUGUGGCACUGUUCUACAAUAUCUCCAGGAGGCAGGUGUACCAUUGUGUGAUCAAGUUGGAACUAUAAUUAUGGCCGAAGACAUAGUUGAUGGAGACAAGGAGCUCACCAUUUCAUUGCUCUGGAACAUGUUCGUGCACUUGCAGUUGCCACUUCUAAUCAACAAAUCACUUUUGUCUGAGGAGAUUUUUAAAAUCCGAGGAGUUCAAAACUCAAAUGGCUGCACUCACUUGGACAUGCUCCUGAGUUGGAUCCAGGAUCCAGGGAAUAGCGGAGGGCCAGCAAUCAUGGUCUCAUUUGAUUACACAGAUGCAGUGCACAAUUUUAUUCUAUCUCAAAAGCUGCCAUUGCUAUUGGGGAAGUUUCCAGAGGUAAUACAAGUCAGUGAUAUACUGGAAACAAACGGUGCAUGCAAUGGUCAUAGUGUCAUUAUUCUCUUGGUGUUUCUCUCGUAUCAACUACUAGUAAAACGAAACAAGGAUCAAUUAAACUUCCACAAGUUAUUGGGAUUUAAUUGUCAAAGUCCCGAAAGGAGACGGUUAAGCACAGAUCAGUGGUUUAUGCAUCCCGAAGCAGCUGUAGAUAAAGAACAAACACAUUGGAAGGAUGGUGAAGAUGCUGCCAGAAAUUUUAAGGCUGUAAUGGCUUGGUGGCAAGAGAUGGCUCAACAAAAUAACAAAUGCUUUUCUAAGGAAACUUCUAGCGGUCCAAAGCGGUCUUUCAUUUUAAGAGGGAGAAAUGAUACUCAUAAAGGAAAUGCUGCAAAAGUAAUACAGUCACUUUUCAGACAAUCAGUGCAGCAACGUAAAUAUUUGAGGAUUAAGAAUGCGGUUUAUAUCUUGCAAGCUGCAAUACAAGCAUGGCUGUGGGUAAAGAAGGAACCAUCAAUUCAAUUCUUUGGUUCUCCGGCAUAUCUGGCAUCACUAUGUGGUACAAGGAGCCGUUCAGCAAAUUUUGAAAAACACGCAGCCUUUGUGAUUGAUAGACAUGCUUUUCUUAAGUUGAAAAGAUCUGUAAUAAUCAUCCAGCGUGCCUCAAGAGACUGGAUUUCUCGAAAACAUGUGACGGGAAACUUGUUGCCACAAGAUUUGUCCACUCCAAGAUUCAUUGAUGCUGCCAUUGUCAUACAAAAGUGUAUUCGUGGGUGGAUAGCGAGGUCUUGUCUUGUAAACACAGAACAAUUUCACGAAGUUCCUAAGGAAUGUGAAGAUAAUAUUUGUCAAAUAAAUGCUGCGGUAGCAACCCAAUGGGCUUCAAAGGAAUAUAAAUUAAGCAGUUCUCUACACAGUCAUCACUUUGCAGCAACUAAAAUUCAAAGUUACUAUCGUGGAUGGUUGAUGAGAGAGAAUUUUGUGGAUCAGAAGCAAGCAGCAGUAAAAAUACAGAGUAUUUUCCGAUCUGCAAGAUGUUUGAGGGAUUUUCAUUCCUACAGACAGGAAACUCUGUCAGUGAUUACAAUCCAGGCUUAUAUCCGCAAAUGUAUUGCUAAAAGAGAUGUUUAUAGGCAUAAAUCUCAAAUUAUUUUGAUUCAGAGCCAUUGUCGUGGCUGGUUAACAAGGAGAAAACUGGUCAUUGAAAAAGAGGCUGUUAUAAGGAUUCAAGCUGCAGUUCGAAGCCUGAAAUACCAGAAAGCAUUCCUUCACCAAAAGCACGCCAUUUUGGAAAUACAACGGUUUGCAAGAGGAGCCAUUACUAGAAAGAGGCUCCUAGGGGCCUCUUGCUACCGUAACGUCUCAAAAUUGGGUUACCAGGCUCUUGAACUUAAAAUACUACUGCAAGCAGUAGUAAAGUUGCAAAGGUGGUGGAGAUGUAAAUUGCUUCAUGCACAGAGAACAAAAGCCGCAGUUGUCAUCCAAUCGCAUGCCUUAGGAUGGAUUGCCCGGCAACGUGCUUCAAGAAACAAGGAACGAUUACUUCAAGCAGUAUUAAAGUUGCAAAGGUGGUGGAGAAGUAAAUUGCUUCAUGAACAGAGAACAAAAGCAGCAGUUGUCAUCCAAUCACAUAUCCUAGGAUGGUUAGCCCGGCAAAGUGCUUCAAGAAAUAAGGACCAAUUACUUCAAGCAAUAUUAAAGUUGCAAAGGUGGUGGAGAGGUAAAUUGCUUCAUAAACAGAGAACAAAAGCAGCAGUUGUCAUCCAAUCGCAUGCCCAAGGAUGGAAAGCCCGACAACGUGCUUCAAGAAAGAAGUACCUGACACUGUUAGCAGUAUUAAAGUUGCAAAGGUGGUGGAGAGGUAAAUUACUUCAUAAACGGAGAACAAAAUCAGCAGUUGUCAUCCAAUCGUAUGUCCGAGGAUGGAUAGCCUGCCAAAGUGUUUCAAGAAACAAGCACCGAAUUGUUGUGAUCCAAGCAUACAUGAAAGGAUACCUUGCAAGAAAAGAUUUAAGAGGGCAGCUUCUUGAUUUGCGUCACAAAAUACAAAAAUCUGCUGCAAAUGUUGAUGAUGGUAUGCGCAUAAUAAACAGACUUGUCGCAGCAUUGUCAGAACUUCUGAAUAUGAGAAGUGUCAGUGACAUUCUUCAUAUCUGUGCAACUCUGAAUAUGGCAACACAACAUUCACAAAAGUGUUGUGAAGAACUUGUUGCUGCGGGUGCUGUUGGUACAUUGUUUAAGCUGAUCCGCUCUCUCAGCCGGAGCAUACCUGAUCAAGAAGUUCUUAAACCUGCUCUCUCCACUCUCAGAAACCUUUCCCGAUAUCCACAUUUGAUUGAUGUACUAAUUGAAAGCUAUGGAUCACUGGAAACAAUAGUGUCGGAGUUUUUAAGAAACAAAGAAGAGGGAUAUUUCAUUGCUUCCGAUCUUCUGAAGAAGAUAUUCACAGAGAAAAAAGGUGUUGAAGCUGUGUGCAAGUCGCCUGCUCUUUUGAAGAGACUGCACAAUCAUGUGGAAGAGCUUUCAAGAAGAGCAAAAGCUGACAAGAGGACUAAACCUCACGCAAUGAAAGAGCCUGUGGACAAAAGAUUGAGAGAAGCUGUUGAGAUAUUGGAAUUGAUUAAAGUGUCCAUGGGAAAUCCAAGUAAACGACUCUCUAUGAAGGUGUAAGAAAUUUUCUUACUAGUUGGAUAAAAGUUCUAAAUCUUUCUUGAUAUUGCUAUACAUGCAAUUUGUACAUCAUGUAUAGCAAGAAAGACUAGAAACCUUUAAUAUCUGAAUUGUGAAGAGAGCUUCACUUUAUCUUUAA